AUGGAUAAAAUUUCAAACAUCUAUAACUUCGACGAACCUCCACCAGAAAAGCUUAGUUUGGAACUAUUCAUUAUUGAGAAAAAAAUUGGAAAAGGUCAAUUCAGUGAAGUUUUCCGUGCACAAUGCACAUGGGUGGACCUUCAUGUGGCUCUCAAAAAGAUCCAAGUGUUCGAAAUGGUUGAUCAGAAAGCUCGACAAGAUUGUUUGAAAGAAAUUGAUCUGCUCAAACAACUGAACCAUGUUAAUGUGAUCAGAUACUACGCAUCCUUCAUUGACAACAAUCAGCUAAACAUUGUACUCGAACUGGCCGAGGCAGGAGACAUGAGUCGGAUGAUUAAACACUUCAAAAAGGGUGGCCGCUUGAUACCUGAAAAGACAAUCUGGAAAUACUUCGUUCAGCUGGCUCGAGCAUUGGCUCAUAUGCACUCUAAACGGAUUAUGCAUAGAGACAUCAAACCAGCCAACGUCUUCAUUACGGGCAACGGAAUCGUAAAGUUGGGAGACCUGGGAUUAGGCCGUUUCUUUUCGUCAAAAACAACAGCUGCCCACUCUCUUGUGGGAACUCCUUAUUAUAUGUCUCCUGAAAGAAUCCAAGAAUCCGGAUACAACUUCAAGUCAGACCUCUGGUCCACUGGAUGUCUUUUGUAUGAGAUGGCUGCUCUCCAAUCCCCUUUCUACGGAGACAAAAUGAAUCUUUACUCUCUUUGCAAGAAGAUCGAAAACUGUGAAUACCCACCACUCCCAGCAGACAUUUAUUCGACUCAACUUCGCGAUCUUGUUUCUCGAUGCAUUCUCCCGGAAGCUGCAAGACGACCGGAGACUAAUGAGGUUCUUGAAGUUGCCGAACACAUGAACAACCACUUUUCUCCCUCCGAAGAGCAAUGA